CUUAUACACAUCCACCUCCCUCUAUCCUCUCUAUUCUUCGCCCAGUUAACCGCACAAACAACACGUAGAAAUGGGUAACCAGCCAUCGGGUCUACCACCUUCGGGCCAAGGAAAUGACGGAAAAGACAAGGCAAAAGACCAGCAACCACAGAAGAAGAAAUGGGAACCGCCCCUUCCGACGAGAGUUGGGAAGAAGAAAAGACGAGGGCCAUCCGCAGCUUCGAAACUCCCAGCCGUUUACCCUACAACUCGAUGUCGGCUCAAGUUGCUGAAGAUGGAACGUAUCAAGGACUAUUUACUGCUAGAGGAGGAGUUUGUGCAGAACCAGGAGCGGCUAAAACCUGAGGCUACACGAGAGGAGAAGAAUGAAGAAGACAGGUCAAAGGUGGAUGACCUGCGUGGAAGCCCAAUGGCGGUUGGCACAAUGGAGGAAAUCAUCGAUGAUGACCAUGCUAUCAUCAGUACUGCCUCGGGUCCGGAAUUUUAUGUCUCUAUCAUGUCUUACGUCGACAAGGACCUCUUGGAACCCAAUUGUCAAGUCCUACUUCAUCACAAGACACAAUCAAUUGUCGGUGUACUACAGGAUGACGCAGAUCCUCUUGUCAGUAUUAUGAAACUCGAUAAAGCGCCUACGGAAAGUUAUGCCGACAUUGGUGGAUUGGAAUCUCAAAUUCAAGAAAUCAAAGAAUCUGUGGAGCUGCCCCUUACACAUCCAGAACUAUACGAAGAAAUGGGUAUCAAACCGCCCAAGGGCGUCAUAUUGUAUGGUGUUCCAGGGACGGGAAAGACACUUUUGGCCAAGGCUGUCGCCAACCAGACAUCGGCGACUUUUUUGCGCGUCGUUGGUUCCGAACUUAUUCAGAAGUAUCUAGGGGACGGACCGAAACUUGUUCGUGAAUUAUUCAGAGUUGCAGAAGAGCACGCGCCGAGUAUUGUUUUCAUUGAUGAAAUCGACGCUAUCGGUACAAAACGGUACGACUCAACGUCCGGAGGAGAGCGUGAAAUCCAACGUACCAUGUUGGAGUUGCUCAACCAGCUGGAUGGUUUCGAUACCCGAGGAGAUGUCAAAGUGAUCAUGGCCACGAAUAAGAUCGAGUCCCUAGACCCCGCCCUUAUUCGACCAGGUCGAAUCGACCGGAAGAUUGAAUUCCCUUUACCUGAUGUCAAGACGAAACGGCAUAUCUUCAAGCUACAUACUGCGCGCAUGAACUUGAGUGAAGAUGUUGACCUCGAAGAAUUUGUCAUGACUAAGGAUGAUCUUUCUGGUGCCGACAUCAAAGCGGUAUGUACAGAAGCCGGUCUGCUUGCACUGAGAGAACGUCGGAUGCAAGUUACCAAAGUGGACUUUACGUCGGCAAGGGAGAAGGUAUUGUACCGAAAGAACGAGGGAACACCGGAAGGCUUAUAUCUGUAAUAUUCAUGUCUUCCUUACUUUCCUACGAUGCGUAAUAGCAGUAAAUUAUUUUGAAAUCUUAGAAACGCGACUUGUCAGGUGACGUGCG